AGAAGAAGGUGAAAGCGACCGAUGCUCGUGUUUGAUUGGUCAGGCCUGCUGCGCUCGCAUCGAUGAGCUCGAGCUCGGUUACUUCUGUCUGUUCCGCGGCUCAUGGCGCUGUUCUGUGAGUUACAGUUGUGACACAAUAGCAGUGUGUAUCGUUAUCUAGGGGCCGGAGUGAACAUGGGCCGUCACUCAUCAGACAGCGAGGACAACAGUCGAAGCAGGAGGAAGAGGAGAGCGAGAGGCCGUUCUUCAUCGUCCAGCUCCUCUCACAGCAGAGUGACCAGCCGCAGCAAACCCUCCCACAGACGCACACGCUCCAGAGACCGAAACAGAGCCGCAGACAGCAGGCACAGAAAACGCUCCAACAGCAGCUCCUCCAGAGGGUCCAGUCACCGGAGGCGGAGCCGGAGCACAGACAGAGGGCGGAGCCACAGGUCCCACAGGUCUGGGUCCCGCAGCCGCAAUAGAAGGUCUCGCUCGCGUCACCGAAGGUCUCGCAGUCGCAGCAGAGAUCACGAUCGUGGCCAGCGCCGAACCCGAGACCGAGACCGAGACCGGACACGGGACAGAACUAAAGACAAAGACAAGGACAAAGCCAAAGACAAACAAAGGGAAACAGGGAACAUCAAAGCUGGAUUAGAACAUCUGACUCCUGCAGAACAGGCCAAAGCUCGUCUCCAACUGGUGCUUCAGGCUGCAGCUAAAACUGAUGAAGCACUGAAAGCAAAGGAGAGUAUGAAAGAAGACAAAACAAAGGAGGAAGAGGAAAUGUCUCUGGCCGAGCAGGUGAGGAGGAUAAAGGAUAUCGAGGCCAUUGAGAGCGACUCCUUUGUUCCUCAGGCUUUCAAAUCAUCUCGGGAUAGCACCAAGGUGACUGAUGUUUCAGAGAUCAAGAAAGAGGCAGAGGCUAUAAAAGAGGAAGUUGCCCUUCUGCCCACCUCCAUCAUGUACAAUGACAGCAACGCUCUGGCUCACCCUAACCUCUUCGUGGAUAAAGAGGAGGCAGAGAGCUUGUGGUUGAACAGACUGAUCUCUCUGCGUCAGGAGAGGCUCAUGGGGAGUCCAGUAUCCUGACCAGAUCCAGCUUCCUCAGACCUGUGGACUCGCUCCAGUUCUCCGUCAUUCCAGCGCAUCGCAGAAACGAGCUGGUGCUCCACCUGCUGGAUUCUAUGGGAAAUAUGAUUCCAGAUCACAUUUCAGCAUGGACUUAUUCUGAUUCUUCUUUGUUUGUUUAUUUUACAUCAUACUAACCGAUAUUAUUAACAUUAAGGUUUAGUCGUGAUUUACAUAAAAAUGUGUCCCUUUUUUAAGUUUGCGCAGACAUCCUUCUCAUCAACAUGAGUGACAGGUGUGUUUAGUGUGUGUUGGGGCUUUGUUGUUGCUGUUGUUAUUCUGUUUUUCUUUUUUUCAAAAUAAACGAUUGUUGUAAAUCUUGGAUAAAACCUUGUAGUCAUAAUGUUUUUAAAGAACAGCUCUGUGAAAACCUUUUGAGGAGUCACUGUAGAGUUUCUGUUUGUCAUUUUUAAUAUUCUACUGUGUUUAAUAAUCAGACUUUAGUGAGUGAGCUUGAGGGAAGUGAAGUAAAACCUGCUACAUGUCAGAGAUCCCAGAAUAAAGCUAUGAACUCAUUGUG